UCAGUUUCAAAUUUCAGAUUCAAUUCCAUCUCUUUCCAAUUCGACGCAUAUUCAAAACUACGCCAAUUCAAAUCCAUUGUUUCUAAUGGCUUUAAUUGACAUGGAAACUGCUUUGUUAUCUUUCCCAAGUUCUUCUUCUUAUUCUUCAUCUUCUACUGGCAGAUGGAAGUAUGAUGUCUUCAUCAGUUUCAGAGGCGAGGACAACCGCAACACAUUUGCAGACCUUCUAUAUGAUGCCUUCAAAAGGGAAGGCAUUAUCGCCUUUAAGGACAAUGAGAAACUUGAGAAAGGAAAAACUAUUUCGCCAGAGCUUUCAAAUGCAAUAGAAAAAUCGAGAUAUGCUGUUGUCAUCUUCUCAAAAAACUAUGCAUCUUUGACUUGGUGCUUAAAUGAACUUGUAAAGAUUGUUCAGUGCGAGAAAGAGAAAGUUUGGCCUGUUUUUUAUGAUGUGGAGUCAUCCGAUGUACGGAAACAAAAAGGAACCUUCGAACAUGACUUUAUCAAACAUGAACAAAAUUUCAACGAGGACUGGGUGAAAAUGUGGAGAGUUGCUUUGAGUCAAGUUGGCGAAAUCGUUGGAUGGCCUGUAAUAAAUAGGCCCUGGUCACAGGUUAUCAGAAGCAUUGUUAGAGUAAUAUCGCAUAAAUUGAAUGAUGAUACAUUCUCAGAUAUUGAUGAGGGUCUAAUAGGAUUAGAUUCUCGAGUGCUGGAGUUGGAGUCAUGUUUAAAUGUAGGGUCAAACGAUGUUCGCUUUAUAGGGAUUUGGGCGAUGGGGGGAAUGGGUAAGACAACUCUUGCUUCGGUUGUUUAUCAUAUGGUUUCUAAAGAAUUUGAAGCUUGUAGUUUUAUUGCAGAUGUUAGGGAACUUUCUGAAAAACAUGGUUUAGUUUUCCUACAACAGAAACUUGUUUCUGACAUUUUGAAGGAAACAGAUUUGAAAGUAAAAGAUACUUUAGAUGGAAUUUGUGUGAUCAAAAAUAGAUUUCGUCAUAAAAAGAUUCUACUUGUUCUUGAUGACGUACAUGAAUCAGACCAGUUAGAUAUGUUAGCUAGGAAGCACGAUUGGUUUGGUCCUGGCAGUAGAAUUAUCAUAACAACAAGAGAUGAGCAUGUGUUGAAGGAACACGAAGUAAAUCAAAUAUAUGAAGUUAAAGGAUUGAAUGGUGAACAUGCACUUCAUCUUUUUUGUUUGAAAGCUUUUAAAAGUAAGCAUGUCCCAGACGAUUAUUUAAAACUAUCCAAAGAUUUUUUAAAUUAUGCUGGUGGUCUUCCUUUAGCUCUUAAGGUUUUUGGUUCCUUUUUGUAUGGAAAAAGUAUUGUUGACUGGAAAAAUGCGAUAGAGAGGUUGAAAGAAUUUCCAAAUGAAAAAAUUAGCGAAGUACUUCAAAUAAGUUUUGAUGGACUCCAUGAUUUAGAGAAGGAAACAUUCUUAUAUAUUGCAUGCAUCUUUAACCAUGAGAAAAAAGAUGAUGUGGUACAAAUACUUAAUGUUCUUGGCCUUCACGCUGGUAUUGGAUUGAACGAACUCAUUGAUAAAUCUCUCUUGAAAAUUAUGGAUGAGGAUAUAGUGUGGAUGCAUGAUUUACUUGUAAAAAUGGGUAGACACAUAGUUUUUCGUGAGUACCCUAAUGAUCCUGGGAGGCAUAGUAGACUAUGGCAUUACGAGGACAUUGACAAGGUGUUGAAAAGAAAUAAGGGAACAGGUGCAAUUCAAGCCAUCGAUAUUUCAGGUAUUCAUCAAGCUGCAAAAGAGGCACGUUGGAACCUUGAUGCCUUUUCGAAGAUGGACAAUCUUAGAUUUCUUAGGAUUCGUAAUGUUUGCCUUCAACAUGGCCCAAAACGUCUUCCUAAUGAUUUAAGAAUUCUUGAUUGGAGUAAUUAUCCUUCAAAAUCUUUGCCAUCAAGUUUCCAAGCGGAUGAGCUUGUGCAACUUUGUUUGCAACAUAGCAAAAUUGAACAACUUUCGAUACGAAUAAAGAGUUUUGACAAGUUGAAGAUCAUCGAUUUGGCCAACUCAUUGAACCUGACUAAAACUCCAAACUUUACUAGAGUCCCAAAUCUUGAAAAAUUAGUUCUUGAAAGAUGUAAGAAUUUAGAGAAGCUUGACCCAUCCAUCGGAGUCCUUAAAAAGCUUAUUCUUCUAAAUCUACGACAAUGCGAAAAACUACAUUAUCUUCCAGACGAGUUUGAAAUGGAGUCUCUUGUGAUUCUUGAUCUUUCUGGAUGCUUAAAUGUAAAAAAAAUUCCAAAAUUUGUGGGGAACAUGAAAUACUUACAGCAUCUUUCUCUAAAUUGCACUGCUAUUAGAGAACUACCUUCAUCAGUUGAACACUUGGUUGGCCUUACUUCAUUGACUCUAAAAGCUUGCAAAAAUCUUGAGCGUCUUCCUAUCACCAUUUGUAGUUUGAAGUUGCUUAUAGAACUUGAUCUUUCUGGAUGCUCAAAAUUUGAUAACUUGCCAGAGGACUUAGGGAAUGCCAAAAGUCUAAAGGUGCUUAAUUUGAAUGGAACAGCUAUAAAAGAAUUGCCUUCAUCAAUUGGACGUUUGAUUGGCCUUAUUUCAUUGAGGCUAAUAGAUUGCAAGAAUCUCGUGUGUCUUCCUAACUCCAUUUGUAGUUUGAAGUUGCUUGAAUGUCUUGAUCUUUUUGGAUGCUCAAAAGUUGAGAACUUGCCAAAGAACUUGGGGAAUGUCGAAGGUUUGAAGGUGCUUAAUUUGAGUGAAACAUGUAUAAAAGAGUUGCCUUCAUCAAUUGAACACUUGACUAGCCUUACAUCAUUGACUCUAAGGGAUUGUAAAAAUCUUGUGUGUCUUCCUAACACUAUUUGUAGUUUGAAGUUGCUUGAAUGUCUUGAUCUUUUUGGAUGCUCAAAAGUUGAGAACUUGCCAAAGAACUUGGGGAAUGUCGAAGGUUUGAAGGUGCUUAAUUUGAUUGGAACAGCUAUAAAAGAGGUGCCUUCCUCCAUUGCUCUCCUAAAAAAUCUAAAAAAAUUAAAUAUCCAUAGAUUUAAUGAGACAUCAACCUCAUUUUAUUCCCUUCCUAACAUCAUCGGCAGGUUAUCCUCUUUGACAUACGUGGAUCUAAGUGGAAGUAAUUUUCUUUCCCUUCCUGACAUCAUCGGUAGGUUAUCCUCUUUGACAUACUUGGAUCAAAGUGGAAGUAAUUUGGAUUCCCUUCAUGACAACAUCGGUGCAUGGGUUUCCCAAACAUGGCGUUCUAUUUGUCUGAGCAACAGUAGAAGGCCUCAGCUUCCUUCGCUGACGCUGACGCUUUCUGAAACACUUUCCACAGACAUGCGAGAUCACUUCAAUCUCCUCAACAACGAUCGUUAUCAAUUACGAUUAUUUGACCGUGGAAAACACUGUUGGGGAUCUCCACUUGGUUUGGUUGUAACCUUGAGUCUUGAUUAUGAAACCCACCUUCUGCACGUUAUUGAAGGAGUACAAAUGACAUCGGAGAAUUAG